AUGCGUCAAGAAUUUUCUCCUCUUUUAAGUUCGCCAUCGGAAGUGAAAUUUUGCACGCAUGCGCGGACGAGCAAGAACGCAACAACAGCAGCAGCAUUCGUGGAUGAUGAUGAUCAUCAUCAUCAUCAUCAUCAUCUUUUUUUCGUGUUCAUCUCACCUUCUUUCUUUCCAUCUUCUUUUUUAUCACACCUUCAUUAUCUUUUUUUUCUCUUCAUUUUUAUCUCGCAUUCUUUUUCCCUCCUUAAUUAUUUCUGUCACGACUUCUUCAUUUUCAUCUUUUUCUUCAUUUUUAUCUCGAAUUCUUCUUCUCUCCUUCAUUUUUAUCAAGCCUUCUUCUUAAUUUUCUUCUUUCUUUAUUUUUAUCUCGCCUUCUUCGUUUUCCUCUUUUUUUUCUUUUUUUCUCUUCAUUUUUAUCUUUUCUUUUUCUUUUUAUUUAUUUUUUCUCAAGCCUUCUUUUCGUCUUUUUUUCUUUUUCUUUUCUUUCUUUUUUUUUUUUCUUUUUCUUCUUCUUUUUUUAAUUUUAUCUCGCCUUCUUCCUUUUCUUCUUUUUCUUCAUUUUUAUCUCUCUUUCUUCAUUUUCCUCAAGCCUUCUUCUUUUUCUUCUUUUUUUUUUUAUUUUUAUCUCGCCUUCUUCAUUUUCUUCUUUUUCUUCAUUUUUUUUUUCUUUUCUUCAUUUUCAUCAAACCUUUUUUUUUUUUCUUUUUUUUUUUCUUUCUUUUUCCUUCUUCUUCAUUUUUUUUCUUUUUUCUUUUUUUUCUCUUUUCUUCAUUUUUUUCUUUCUUUUCUUUUUUUUCUUUUUUCUUUUUUUCUUUUUUCUUUUCUUCCUUUUCUUCUUUUUUCUUUUUUUUUAUCUUUUUUUCUUCAUUUUUUUCUUCUUUUUUCUUUUUUUUUCUUUUUUUUUUUUUUUCUUGUUUCUUCCUUCUCUUCUUUUUCUUUUUUAUCUCUCUUUUUUUCUUUUCAUUUUUUUUCUCUCUUUCUUUCUUCUUUUUUCUUUUUUUUUUUUCUUUCUUUUUUUUUUUUUUCUUUAUUUUUUUUUUUUUUUUUUUCCCUUCAUUCUUUCUUCUUUUUUUUUUCUUUUUUUUUUUUUUUCUUCUUUUUCUUUCUUUUUUUUUUUUUUUUUUUCAUUUUUUUCUCUUUCUUCAUCACUCUCUCACAGACGCGCCGUCGCCUCUCUCUGUCUUUUUUUACAAAUACUUUCAUGAUAAAAAAUUGAUAUACUUCUUAUCCCACUUUUCAAUCUAUCUAUCUAUCUAUCUAUCUAUCUAUCUAUCUAUUUUUCUAUCUAACUAUCUAUCUUUUCAAUGGAUAUUUUUUUUAUCCUAUUGUGCCUUACGUAUUUUUUUUCACUCUACUUUUGUCUGUCUGUUUGUCCCUACCAUCGUUCAUUUCAUGCAAAAUGGUGAUCACGUCUUCUUUUUUCUUGUUCCUCCUUUCUUCUUCUUCUUCUUCCUCCUCCUCCUCUUCUUCUUCUUUUCUUCUUCUCCACCUUUUCUUCUUUUUUCUUUCCCCCUCUUCUUCUUCUUCCUCCUCCCUUUUUCCUUCUUCUUCCUCCUCCUCCUUUCUUCUUCCCUCCUCCUCCUUUCUUCUUCUUCUUCCUCCUCCUUUUUAAUUCUUCUUCCUUUUUCCUCCCCUUUCUUCUUCUUCCCCUUUUCUUCUUCUCUUCCUCCUCCUCCCCCUUUUCCUCCUCCUCCUCCUCUUCUAUUUCUUCCCCCUCUUCUUCUCCUCCUAUUCUUCUUCCUCCUCCUCCUCCUCCUCCUCCUCCUCUUCUUCUUCUUCUUCUUCUUCUUCCUCCUUCUCUACUUCUUCUUCUCCCCCCCUCUUCUUCUUCUUCUUCUUCUUCCUCUUCCUCCUUUUCUUCUAUUUUCAUCCUCCUCCUCCUCCUCGGCCUCUUCUUCUUCUUCUUCCACAUAA